AUGGACAUUAUUGGACCAUUCCCAAUGGCGACCGGUCAGUGGAAGUUUCUCCUCGUCACGGUUGACUACUUCUCUAAGUGGGUGGAAGUUGAGCCGCUCGCAAGAAUCAUGAAGAAGAUGGGCAACGGGCAAGCCGAAGUCGCCAAUCGGGAGAUCCUCGGAGUCUUAUGCGCUCGGCUCGACCACGCUGGAGGCAGCUGGGUCGACGAGCUUCCCAGUGUGCUGUGGGCUCUUUGCACGAUUCUGAAGAAGAAGGCCGGCGUGACCCCAUUCCAUUUGGUAUACGACGGAGAGACAUCCAUCCUCGUAGAAGUCAGAGUAGAGUCCGAUCGUGUACAACAUUCUGAUGAAGGCAACGCCGAACGAAGGCAUAUGGAACUUGACUUGGUGGUCGAAAUGCAUGCUAAAGCAGUCAUUCAGCUAACAACAUACCGACAACGAAUGAAACAGAACUACAAUCGGCAAGUGAUCCCAAGGUCCUUCCAGGUCGGCGACCUCGUCUGGAAGAGAGUGAAGCCAGUCAGCAAUGUCACCAAGCUCGAGGCCCCAUGGACAAGGCAUUUCAAGGUCGUGCAGAAGCUCUGUUCGGGUGCCUAUUUUCUGGAGGAUGAAGAGGGGAGGCAACUCAAGAAGCCAUGGAGCGCGAAUCAUCUUCAACUCUAUAAGGUUGGAUGA